AUGGCGGACCCUGGCCGCGCCGCCCCGCCCCGCCGACGCCCGCACUCACCGCCGCCCGCCGCCCGCCGCUCGCCGCGGGGCCGGCCCUGCCACGCGAGCCGGAGCGUCGGCGUCGGGGCCGAGGGCCGCGCCGGAGGAGCCGGAAGCGAGGCGAGGGCGCCGGAAGCGACCGCCGAGCUCUCGCGAGAUCGGGCGGGGCGGGCGGCGGCGGGGGCGGGGCCUCCCCAGGCGCUCCCGGAAGUGGCUGGGCCGCCCGUCUGCGCGCUCCCUCGGCCGUCGCUUCGGGCCGGGCUUCGGGCUCUUCGGCGCUCGGGGAAGGAGGGCCCCGGGGCUGCCGGGGCACGGGCGAGGUCAGAGGCGCGCCCCCGAGUGAGCGGACGGAGGUGGCUGAGUGGGGGCCCGCGGAGGGACCGAGGCCAGGGACCGCGGCCCGGGCGGGAAGGAGGCCGCCGCGGCCGGCCUCGGGGGAGCCGGCGCCGCCCCGGACUGCGCCACUCGCGGCCCCAGCCUCGGCCGGCCCGCCGCAGCCCCCUGCCCGGGGCCGACUGCACUCGCAGCCCCGCUCUCCGCCCGGCUCCGCGCCGCCGACAGCCCGUGCCUGCCGCUGGUUCUUCGAGCUCCCUCUCAGCCGUCGCUCGGCGACGUUCUUUCAGUUCGGGGCCAGGCCCUUCCUGGGCACCUCUGGCGGAGGCUCUGGCCGACAUCUGUCUCCUCGCCCCUCGAAGGAGGGACGAGCUGAGGUUGAAAAUGGAAGAACAAAUUUUCUCUCAGAAUGAUGGCUGUGUAGAUGACACAGUCAUAGAGAAGUACUUGAUUGUAUCUAAGAAGUCUGCUUCCCAUGUUCAGCUUGCCUGCAGUAGGCAGUAUUGUGCUUUCCCUUUGGAUGGAAAUGAACUUUGCGUGUGUAACACAAUAAGUCCUACAUACCAGCUUUUCAUUCUAAAAGGACAUUACCACCCAAUUACUGCUGUAGUAUUUGGCAACACUGAAAAUGCGCCUCUACUAUGUUCUGCAUCUCAGGAUUAUGUUAUACUGUGGAAUCUGGAUGAAUGCAGAGAUAAAGUACUUCAAGGCCAAUCUCUGCGUGGGACUGUCAUGGGCACCUCUCUGGGGAAGGUGAUGUGUCUGCGAUUCAGUCCAGAUGAUCAUGCUAUAGCCAUGUGUGCUGGGAAUAGAGUACUUGUGCUGGAAGUGGAAACUCAGUCUGUGCUAGCUGAGCUGGAGGGUCACCUGGGCCCGGUGACUGCAGCUGAUUUUUGUCCCUGGCAAGAUGGUAUUGUCAUCUCAGUGUCUGAAGAUAGGAGUUUUAAGGUCUGGAACCAUCACAUGGAAUCCUUGCUUUACAGUUCAUCAGUGCUCACAGCCUACCCUCUCCUGAGUCUCCUUAUUGAUGCAGUGAGUCGGCAGCUUGUCACUGGGGGAGCUGAUGGUCAGAUUUGGGUAUUCAGUUUGCUUGAAGGACAUCAUUAUCGUUGUGUGACACGAGUUGACCUCAGGAGGAAGAGUGAGAGUUUCAGCAAGAGGGUAGGGUUCCAGCUUGGCAUCCCACCAGAUGGUCAGUGUUCCCCGACCAAGGUUGGCAGAGGGACAGGAGGAGAGGCUGGAAGGGUGGACGUGACGCUGCCUGUGUUGGGACUGGCAACCUGUGACCUGUCAGGCAUCCUGGAUUCUGACUCAUCUCCUGAGAAGACCAACUGCGUGUGGGCUGGGAGCGCCAGUGGGUUAUUCAUACUGAACCUGGCCAGCUUCGAACUGGAAGCUGCUUUACUUUAUAAGGAUCAUAGGAAGCUGAGCAUUCAGGUGUCUGGUUCAUGUGCAGUGAAGAGCGGAGGCAACAGUGGUCAGGCCUUCUGCCUCCUCUCGUCCCUAUUUGGCAACAAGAUUACCCUGCUGGAAAUCCAGCUCAGAGCCCUCGUCAGGGCACAGCAGAGUUCCAGCCUGCAACAGGGUCUUUCAGUGGUGGCCAGCACCUGUGUCUCACGGGCCUCUCCUCUGUAUCUGGUUAAGGCUGCAGAAAGCACUGCAAAGCUGCCUGCUUUAAAGCAGAAAGCUGUGCAGAGCAUCGUGAGGGAUCAGUCCUUGGUCUUCCAGAGCAGGGUCCGCUCAUCAGGAUAUGGGGCACCUCCAUGUGGCACCAUGUUUUCACCAAAGACUUACAUCAAGAGAUGUGGAAAAAGACCCUCCAAGGGCAGGAAGAGUCUUUUAGGUAAGGAGUACCUGUUGAAGAACUCUCUGCCAUCCAUACUCAGCAAGCACCAUGCAGUGGUUCCUGGUGGGGCUGCCGUCUGCUCCAUGCAGUUCUCAGGAGAUGGACAGCAGUUGGCCUGUGGCUUAGCAAAUCACUUGUCACUUGUCUUCAGUGCUGAUCUUACUGGGACACCCACUGUCUUUCCAGGUCAUGAUGGGGCUGUGAACACUGUAAGCUGGAGCCACAGUGGCAGGUGGCUGCUCUCUGCUUCCCAGGACAGGACUCUACGGGUGUGGUCUGUGCGAAGGACAGAGCUGGCCUUGUUCCUGGGCAAAAGCAUGUUCUCCAGGCCUGUCCAGUGUGCACAGUUCUAUUACAUUGAUGCUUUCAUAUUAUUGUCUUCUGGCUCAGAAUUCCAGCUUCUCAGAUAUCACAUUGAUACUUCCAAAGACGAGAUCAAAAGAUACAAGACCAAGAGCUGGUGCAAGCCUGUCUUCAGGCUCCCUCUGACAGAAGGAGGAGAGGUCACCUGUCUGUCAGCAGUAAAUGAUUUUUAUUCCUACAUUGUGCUUGCUGCCAGCCGACACAGGUCCCUGGAAGUGUUUGACCUCAAUGCAGGCUGCAGCGCAGCUGUGAUUGCAGAGGCCCACACCCGGCCCGUGCACCAAAUCUGUCAAAAUAAGGGAUCCACACUGGUGAGCCAGUCGUCCUGGAAUUAUAAUCUCUUCACAACCAUAGCCAUUGGUGAUGGGAUAAAACUGUGGGACUUAAGAACCCUCAGAUGUGAGCGACGAUUUGAAGGCCACCCCAAUCGCUGCUAUCCCUGUGGACUUGCAUGGAGCCCUUGUGGACGAUAUGUGGCUUGUGGUGCCGAAGAUAGACACGUAUAUGUGUACGAGAUGGGCACGGGCACAUUUUCUCACAGACUGGCAGGACACUCAGACACAAUCACCAAAGUGGCCUUUAGCCCAUCAGCUCCCCAGGCCCUCAGCCUGCCCUGCUCUGUCAAUGAGACCCUCUCAGGUCCCCAUGGGACCAUCAUCAGAGCUAUAAAUGUCUCCAAAGGACCAAUGUCAUUUCAGCCCAAAGAUUUCAUAUCAGGCGCAUUACUGCUCAUUACUGCCUCCUUAGAUGGGAAGCUCCAGCUGUUCACAGCCCAGUGA